AAACAUUCUUCAUAAACCCCAAAGACCCCUUCACCUUUUCUCUCGCCAACCACUUUGAUUUCUCCGCGUUCAUCAUUCACCAUCUUCUCCACUCUGCUAAUCAUGGCAACCUUGUCAAGUGUGAAGGUUUCCUCCCACUGCAUGUUUCAAAUUCCAAGCAAAAAUCAAUUCACUUUUGGCACCACAGUGAAGUGUCCUUCUCUUGGGUCUAUAAAGAGUGUUUCGAGAACUUUUGGCUUGAAGUCAUCCUCUUCAUUUAGAGUGACUGCCAUGGCUUCUUACAAGAUUAAGCUGAUCGGCCCAGAUGGAAAAGAGAACGAAUUUGAAGCCUCAGAUGAUACUUACAUCCUAGAUGCAGCAGAGGAUGCUGGAGUUGAACUUCCUUACUCGUGCCGUGCGGGAGCUUGCUCUACUUGUGCUGGGAAGAUUGUUUCUGGUUCAGUGGAUCAGUCUGAUGGCUCAUUCCUUGAUGACAACCAAAUGAAGGAAGGCUUUCUACUUACCUGUGUCUCCUAUCCAACUGCAGACUGUGUAAUUGAAACUCACAAGGAAGGAGAGCUCUACUGAAUAAAUCUGGCCUUAGAUUUGGGAACUGGGAAUUCAAGGUAGACUUUGCAACUAGUUUUCUUGUUCUGAUUUAGAAUCAACAUUUCUUCUGGGAUCAUUAGUGAUUUGGGAUAAUGAAUUUUUGUUUGUGCAAGCAAGCAACGUUAUAAAUAACUUUGUUUGGCAUUUUAAUGAGAUUGUUUUAUGUAUAA